UUGUGUUAAGACGACAAACCAUGAGUAAUGAGUAAUCGAGGGACAAAACCUUAUCAAAGCUUAAUUUUGUACACUCGUUGGUUGGUCAUUUUAAAACUGUAUAUUACUUAAUUAGCAUAAUCUAAGUUGGUUACCGAUCUAACUAUCCUAUGUUACAUCUUAUGAAUUGACGACAUUCCUUGCGAUGUUACGGCAUGGAGCUAUGAAAAAGUCGUGAUCCACAUAUGUCCUGUUACUUGUCUUGUUUGUAGAAGAAACGUGGUGUGCACCAAGGACUUCACGAUAAACUUAGGUUUGUGUUGACAAAGGGUUUGCGUGUGAGUCUUAUACAUAAAUAUAUGGUCACUAGACUUCGGGUUGUACAUCUUACUAGUGGUAAUAAUUCCAUUAUAUAUAUAUGGCAAAGGCUGGCGUACGUCAGUCGUACGCUGUACGCCUGUGUUCACAAUUGGUUUUUACACUUCAAUAUAUUUCGUCGAAUCAGAACAUCGGUUAUUAUUUUUUAGAUUAAAUGAAUCUUGUGGCUUGGGUUACAGAAUUGGGGACUGGGGUUCACCCAUUAGAGGUUAGGGUAUAGUAUCAUGUUCAAAAUUUCGGUUAAUUCCUGCUCUAAAUAGUAAAACUCGACGGGCGUACAAUGUACGACUGACGUACGCUAGCCUGAACCAUAUAUAUAUAUAUAUAUAUAGUGGCUACUUCGGUGCAGUAACGGAUCUAGGGGGUAGCCACCCCGGGCCCCGGCCCAGCUCUCCUCUGGAUCCGUAGUUAGUAUAGUCCUUAUGAAUUUUUCGAUUUUAGGCAUUCGGCUUAGUGUGAUUUUAUAAUAAAAUUAGGUAUAACUAGAAAAAUGAUUCAGAUGACCAUAUUCAAAUCACUACUCUAAGUUUAGCCUUUAAAUUUUAGCCCCAAAGAUUAUGCAUAUAAAAAAAACAAUGAAACCUAAAAUUCUAAAAGUUUAAAACGUAAAAGAUUAAAAGAAAUAUGAGGUUUGUUCGCUUGAAAACUUACUAGAGCAGUUGGUGGAUGCAGGGAUUGACACACAAUGCCAAUUUAUUAGUCGAUUGAUUUGUCUAGUAUUAAUGCUGCUCGUUUCAACAGCUACUACGAAGAGAACCUUUUCAACAAUGAAAUAUGUGCGAACUGAUUUGCUCAACAAAAUGAGCGAUGAAUUUCUUGCCGAUUGCUCAAGUAUUUUAUUUGAAACAGUGUAUACUAUUGGUAUGGAUGUAGGUUCCAUUAUUGAUGCAUCACUAAAUUAAAAUACCGUCGUGUACAAUUUACAUUAAAAAAACUAUAAUCAUUAUGUUUUUUUACUAUUCAAUUUUAUAAUGAAACUCGGCUCAGUGCUCUUCUGUGUUCUAGAUCCGUCGCUGCUUCGGUGCACUCACUUUUUUGGGUGCACUAGCGUCCAUAAUACAUCAAAUUUUGAACUUUGAUUAGUACUCUCAAUAUAAUAUGAUGAUAUGCCAUAGAAUCAUAACAAAUCAAUCCAUUACCCUAACCCCUUAACAUUCAAUUUUGAAUCCCAACCCAAAAUCCCAAAUUGUAAACCUAAACCCUAACCCUAAAUCCCUAAAUCCUCCUAAUUAAAGUAAAUUUUGAAUGAUUUUUUUUCAAAUUCAUGUGCUUCUUGUUCAUAAUAUCAUAAGCAACAAUUGAUACCGUUUUGACAUGAAUCGCAUGGUCAGAAUGACAAUUAUGAGGCAGGUGCACUGAGUGCGCCCAAAAAAGUGGGUGCACCGAAUACGGCAAUAUAUAUAUAUAUAUUAUGUACAUAACAUUGUCUAAUUCCUGCAUAUCAGUAUGAUAGAAACCCAAUUUCCGGGUUUAUUCAUAAUUAUCAUAAUCACUAUAAUUAGGAUAUUACUAGAUAUGGUAGUAGUCAUUGAGUCAUAUUAGGAUAGUCUAUUAGGUUUUUCCAGUCUUUCGUUAUAAAUAUGUACUUUGCGUUUUAUUCAGGAGCAGUCAAGAAGAAUAUUAAGAAACCCUCUCCUAAACCCUAUUCUCCCAAUCCUCUCAAUUCUCGUUCCCAAUCCCUCUAAAGGCCUAGGCCGAUUCUCUAUCUUUCUCUUCUCAAAACCCUAAUUCUGUUCUUAAUCCCCAAUUCUCGAUAGAACCUAAUCCCAGGUUCUAUCAUUUGGUAUCAGAGCCCUCAUGAGUCCUUCGAAACUCACUGAUCCAGCAUGGGCUCGUACGAAGCAACUAAUAGAGUUCACGUUAUCUGAACUCAAGCGUGAGGCUCAGGAACGCGGGUGGACAGCAGCAACAGCGGAAGAGGCGGCCGAUCCGUCCGCGGUGGUCCCCGUAUCGUCGGGCCCGACGCGGCGCGCGAGAGGGACGGCGCCCGCGCUGGCGGCAGGAGCGGGCGAUGGCCGCGCGGGGGAGGAGGCUGGUGCUAGCGGCCGCGCCAGGGUGGCUGCGUGGUCGGCGGAGAUCGGUGCUGGCGGCGGGGUCGCGGAAGGCGAGGCGCGGCAGCCAACGACGGCGGGCGACCGCGGGAUCGUGGCUGCAGUGACGGCACGACAAGAGAAGGCGCAGCAGCCCGUGGCGGCGGACCGGCUGCGCGAGGCGCAGAGCGCGGCGGUGAAGGGCGCCGUGGUCGCGGGCUCGGCGAAGGAAGGGGGGUGCGACGGGUUGUCCGGGUCUGCGCUGAUCGAUGAGGAGAAGGCGGCCGCGGUCGUCGACGCGGGGGAGCUCUCGGCGACGGAGGCGGCAGACGUGGUGGCAGCGACGCGGGCGCGUCGCACGGAGGCAAAGAGGUGGCAGGAGCUAGCUUGUACAGGUAGCAGGAGCUUGCUUAUACAGAGGACGCAGUUUCAAGGUCAUAAAGAGUGGUUGGGUGAAGUUAAUUGCUCUGGGAGCCUUUUUCCAUUCCAAAUUGGUCAAAUUGAUUGAUUAUUAUAUUGGAGAAGAACCAAAGUUUCAGGUGUACGAGUUUAUGUCUUGGGGGAGCUUGCCUAUCCACCUCUUCAGGAGAUACUCGCCACUUCUGUGGCCGAUCAGGAUGCCAAUUGC